AUGAAAAUAACAAACAGCAACAAACAUGGCGGCGAUGAGACUGCGGCUGAUAAUGUGAAGGUAAGUUUCUUUUUACGUUGAUUUCUGAUUUGUAUUUAAAUCAUUCGGUUUUGUGGAUAGUCAAUCACGACACAAAUUCUAUGAAAAUCAUUUCCAAACGCAUCAUUAGUCUCUCAUUUUGUGACAGUCAUUCAUUUAUCCUUGUGACGUACAGCUGAUGAUUUUGUUAUUUUCAACCUGCGUUUAAUAAUUUGUGAUUAUCGUUUUGUUUUCGACACUUUGCAAGAAAGAAAAAGCGUUUGAUUUGACUAUAGUUUAAAGUGGCCAUCGCUUUGGACCAUCGAUCCAACUAAGGUCGACCAUAAUCUGCUUUUGUAUUAUUUUUCGGCGGUGAAUGCUGUUUCUUAUUUGCAGGCUGUAAACAAGAAAUAAGCCGAUGUUUGUAAAUAAUGGAUCAAUACUUCGAUCUCUUUCUGGGUCUUUUUUAAGUGUAUAAGGACUUAACCUUUAAGCUCGUGACGCCAUUCAAUCAACAUUACCUUGGUGAUCACCAAAUGUUACAGCUCUCGUUCAGCGAAUAUUGUUGAAUAUCAAAUAAUGUUGAAUGCUAAAAAAAGACCAUUCAACGAUUUGAAUAUUGUUGAACGAGAAUAUAGAUGAUUUCUAGCCUAUUCAACAACAAUUUUCAACAACGGCUGAUCCUUUAAAAGUGUUUUUUUUUCUACUCGUUUAAUAACCUGCAACCAAGUUUUUGUAGAGCCAUAAAUGCAGCGUGAGACAAUGAUGAACCAUUGGUCAUUAAAUUUUCUUUUCAUUUUUUGUACCUCAUGUUUGUGAACCCCUGCUUCUAAGAUUAAAAUACUUGAUAAUUCAAAAUAAAUGUAAUAUAAUCUCAUUAACAUUUCCCAGCACUUUGCUUUCUUAAAAUGAUAUAGGAAGUCCUUAUUAGACACAUUAAACAGAGGCUUUUUUUGGAGGAGAAUUAUCUGUGCAGGCUAAAUCUCUUUUUAAGAAGCUGAAAACUUUUGAGUUCCUGUAAAAUAAUAAAAAUGAAGCAAUAUGGCAAGAUUUUAACUUUGGUUGGGUGGGUGAGUGGGUGGGGGAGGGGUGGUACUUCUGGGAAUUCUUGGUAGGGAUUUGCCAUCUGGUUCUCCAAAUCCUGACCCUAUUUCAGGCCCAAAAAAUGUCAUUUUCCACACCUAUUUUCAGACCCAGCCUGUAAAAUCCAUACCCAUUUUCAUACCUGGCUUCUACUAAGAUUAGAACACCACCAAAAAGAUUUCUUAAAAUCCAUUUUGAAUUCACAUAAAUUAUCAUUUUUUCCUUCUUAUUCAUUUGGAAUUGAAACAACAAAUACUUUCAUACACUCCUGUAGUUCCCACGAAAACCAUAUAAUUUAUUUGAUUCCAGAUCAAAAUGGGCAAAUUCUCUACCUGUUUUCAGCCCGAAAGGGCCCAAAAACCAUAAGCUUUGCAGUGGAACAUACAAAUAUGACUUAUAUAAGGGAGCACCCUCCCCCGCUUGAUCACACCAGUAAUGGAUAAUAAUGAUCAUCUGUUAUCUAGUAAAUUAAUUUUCCUGUACAUACUAUGCAUACAUUGCAGCGGAUGCAGACUAGCUUCAUCAUCUGUCAUGGGUCAGAGAUACACACUGUUCUUCACAGCUCGUGAAGGGCGUGAAGAUGACCUGCGAUGGGCCCUGUUUGACAGAAAAAUCUCUCCUGAUCUGCGUGAACCAGAUACCAAGCAGACAGCUUUGCAUCUGGCUGCUGCAAAAGGACGUCUGGGCUGUGUCAAACUGUUGAUUGAGGCUGGUGAGUAUUUAGCAUAGUUAUACUGAAUGUAUUUCCUCUCUGAACCCCAACUAAAAUUCAUCUUGAAUGGGAAGAUCUAAAAGAAUGGUUGUCUAGUAUGCAACCUUCCUUGAAGAGCCAGAGGCAAAUUCAUGUAGUAGGAACAAGGAAAAAUCUGAUCAGGCAAAUUGUUGACACAGAAAAGUAUACCUAGUAAUUUUUUUUGUCCACUUUCUGCCCCUGGGCCAAUAAGAAUAGGCAACCAACAAAAUAAAUUUGUGUUGUAAAACAGUAAGUUGAUUGUAAAUAAGCCUGCAAACAUUAAAUUUAAUACAUGGCGGUUUAUAAAAUUAAGGUGUUGUGAAAAAUUUACUUCUGUCCAAACUGCUUGGGCAUGUUGCCUGAGUACUGUACUCAUUGUGAGUUAGUGGAAACCCACCCUUUUUUCAAGAACCCACCACAGAAUUUGGGUAUGGUGAUGGUGAUCAAUUAAUGUCAGGACAUUGUCUUCGGCAGUAAAGUAGAUUCCGACUACCUGUGGGCACAUGAUUUCUGUUAGCACUGAGGCAACCCUUUGCUUUGCAUAACCAACGACCUCCUGCUACACUCAAAUUUCAAAAUGGCACCUUACAGGGGUGUUAACUCAAUGCCAUCUUGUCCCUGUACCUGAGCACUAGGGCAGCAAGUGAGAACAGCCCCUACAUAUUCGCUGCUAAAAGAAGCAUGAUUUACACUGGUUUAAUGAUGUACUAAUUGUAUAAUUUCACAGGAGCAAAACCCAAUGUACAGGAAAAGGAUGGUCUGACCCCUCUUCAUCUUGCUGUUUACCAUGGCCAUGCUAGCUGCGUCAAAUGUCUCAUUGAACAUGGAGCAGAUGUAAACAGCACAUCAAGGUGGUUAAUAUAACAUUUAUGACGUGGAGAAAAAAAGUGUGGUACUACAUGUAUGUGUGUCUGCCUGGGACUGGGGAAAUUUAAUUUACCUGACACAUUUUGAUUUUUGUCAAAUAGUUAAAUAAUUUAACUAUUUUAACUAUUUGUAGAUGUUUGACUUUUAGAGAAAUAAUUAUUAUUUCUUGAAAAGUCGGACAGCUAUAAAGGAGUGCCUAAAGCCAAACUUAUUCAGGGAAUGGUAAGAAUACACUCUGUUAAUUAAAACUAAUUAAGAUGGAUCAGUUUCUGGUUAAGUGAACAUCUAGGUUUAAACACAAAUACUUUUCACAAAGAGGGUGUUAAUAUUUUCGUGAAUAACAAUGUCAUUUAUGCUGAAGAGAGUGUUCUAUACCGUCAUUGUUUCUUAGACUCUGCUUGGUUUUCAGCUCUCAACGUGCUGUUAUACUAAGGGCUCUACCUUUUUUCAAAAUUGUCGCAAGUCUUAAUCAUACCACUUACAAGUAGGUUCACUUGAAUCUUAAAAAUGUUGUUGACUUGUGAACUUAAAGUUGAUACGUAUACUUGACAUUCAAGUUCAUAGCUGAGCAUUUCAAAAAUAAAUUGUUAUGUUUCUGAGUUAAAAUCAGGUAAAGCAUAAAUCAGGGGUGUUUCGUUAGGUCAAACUGUUGCCAUGGUGACUUGAAAGCUAAUAAAAAAUUACCACAACUGUUUCGUUAACAAUACAUUUUGCUGUCCUCUUUUUCCCUUCUGUUGUGCUGUAUAAGCUCACUGAUAUUACGUCAUUCAGGGCAGAUUCAGGGUCUGCAGUGUUAUUUGACUGCUCCCUUCUUUAUCAGGUUUGGCAGCACUCCACUUCAUCAAGCAGCGUACUUUGGUCACUUUGAUUGCGCCGCAGUGUUACUAGCAUCUGGAGCAUUAGCUAAUGUGGAGGAAGCCUGGGGCCAAACUCCACUGUUUUUAGCAUCACAGAGGGCUCACAGGUUUGUUAAAUAGUAUUAUUGAUGUGUAAGGUUUUCGUGAGUUCAAAGGUUCAGGCCUAGGGGGUAUUUUAGGAAUUUUUGGGUGUGGAUGUGCUGCUUCACUUAGGUUAGUAUGUGACGGGACAGGGUGAGAUGGGGCAGGGGUGGAUCUAGGGGGAGGGUGCAGGGGGUGCACACCCCCCCUCCCUGAAAUGACGUGCGGUUUUCUAAUACAACUGGUAUUCUGCAAAAAAAAAAAACUAUGUGGUUUAUUGGUGUUGAAGUAGAGCAAGAGACGAGUGCACCCCCUCCUACAAAAAAUCCCGGAUGCAUUUCAGGGCUGUCGUAAAGAGCCGGGAGCCAGGGAUUAUCCCCAACUACUGUGAAUGUGACCUCUGGCUAAUUUUAUUGGAAAAUAGAAGAAAAAUAGAACCAAAAGAAAUCCCUAGCAGUUUGAUUCCACGCCUACUUGUUGUAUGUACUCAGCAACUCAAAAUCUUAGUGACAACCCUGCAUUUACACCCCAUUCUGACUCAGUAGCCACACUUUGUUAUGGUAGGAUGCAUCACAGUAUACUAAACAAUAAUAAACAAUAAUUAAUUAUUACUCCAUGAGUGCUCUUUGGAUAUGAGAUGGUAGAUAGCCAACAAGGCCUAAAUCGCCGAGUUGGCUAUAAUCAUCUCAUACCCAACAAACGCGCGUGGAAUAAUAAUUGUUUUAUUAAAAAUGCCCAUAAAAUAUUGAGAAUACUUCCGACUUUAUUUGUAAAAACAACCAAUUUUCAGCUUGUUUUUAAUUUUGAGCAGACGCAUACAGAUACCAUAUUUGGAGAGCAUGGUAUAAUGGCUCAUAUACCAUGAUGGCUAAGCCAAUCAGAGCUCAAGAAUUGCAUCCAAUGAUUCAGUUUGUAAUAAGAGCUGAAAUAUUACAGUCCUCUCUGUAUUAAGACAGUUCAAGCAGCAAGGACUGGAUGGGUGUUGGCCAAGUUUACUAAGGUUUAGCCUGAUUCUCAGAUAUCUGAGGUUGAUCCCCCACCCACCCCCUUUGCUUCUCUCCCUCUCCCAGAAGUGACCUUGAACAAACAUCUGAGAAUCAGGCUCCCUGAGGUUAUCAAGCUGAACUGUUGUUCAGACAUUUGGCUAGUUGAGACCCCCAAGAGCAGUGCCCAAGGUAGAAGUGUCUGUUACGUGAGAGUUCAUAUCUUUGCGCAACCCAUAUCACAAAGAGAGACUUUUUAACUUUCUUCACUUUUUAUAUUUCAGUGAUGUUGCCAGGCUUUUGUUGCAAUAUUGUGCAUUUGUAAACCAGACUGACAGAGCUCAUUAUAAGACAGCUUUGCACGUGGCUUGUGAAGCCCAGAGUGUUGCUUGUGUGCAGUACCUACUUGAUGCAGGAGCAGAUCCUAAUGUUCAAGCAGAACAUGGCCGCACACCACUUCACUUAGGUUAGUAUGUGAGUGGAUAGGGUGGGAUGGGGAGCAUUUACACCCAGUUCUGACCCGUUGGUUAACCUUUGUCGAUCUCAAGGAAAGUUGAAUGAUGAUGGUGAUGAUAAGGUGAUGAUCAGAUAAAGAGCCUACAUAACAUGAAAAUGAAGACAUGAUCAUCGCAGUGAACGCAAUUAUGCAAUUGCGUAAAGAAGCCUGAAAAAAAAAAAUUCAGGACUUCAAUGGGGUUUGAACCCGUGACCCCGCGAUACCGGUGCGAUGCUCUACCAACUGAGCUAUGAAGCCACUGAUGUUGGGAGCAGGGCUGAAUUGGUCUAAUGUGUAUAGCUACCCCUAUACAGAGAAAUAAAGAAACAGAUUAGGCUCCAAGGGGGAUCAUUUCAUCUCUCUGCCAUUUUGUCUUUUUGUUGAACCGAAGACGAAGCCCAUUUUCAGACUGGCUUUGCCACAGGCAGCCCAAUAAUUAUUAUUAUGUGCUUAACAGAACGCAGCGGUUGUAUAUCUUUUUUUGUUGCUCUUUAUUAAAGUUCUCAGGGGAGAAGAGUCAGGGCCUUUAACACAACUUCUCCUUGAGUAUGGAGCACGAUGUGACAUCAUGGAUGACAAUGGUAAUUCGGCAGAGACUGUUGUUCAGUCGUUAAUGACGAGAUAUGGAAACACUUCAAAUGUGGAGCUGUGUAGGUCUUAUCAACGGCUGUUAGAGCUGCUCUGGGAAAGUCAAGGUGAGAUUUCACUCAAAGAAAGACCUUUUUGUGAUAAUUGAUUUAGAUAUAAUUAUAUGGCCAAUUUUUUUUGUGUUUAUGAGUUUAGGCCAAUAUCUAGCUAUCUUGACCAAAAACAGCUUGGUGAAUAAAGGAUUUAUUGUAAAUUGUAAUUGUCAUUUGUUUACCCAUGGAUCACUAAGAAGUUCAUAAGAACUCGUUGAAACGUGUCCGCAUGUUCCAUAUUGAAUUGGAAUUUGAAAGUGUUAGCUUUUAAGGAGAGGGGAAAAAUAGAGUACCCGGAGCAAGGGAGAGAACCAACAACAAACUCAACCCACAUAUGGCGUCGCCGCCAGGAUCCGAACCCGGGCCACAUUGGUCGGAAGCGAGUGCUCUUACCACUGCCGCCACCCUUGCUUUAUUAACCCAUUAAGUCCCAAAAGUGACCAACAUUAAUUUUCUCCUAACAAUAUCCAAACAUUGUCAAGAGAUUGGGUUAUGAGAAUUAAUAAAAUGAUCACCUAAGAGAAAAUGCUUUGAUCUUUUAUCAAAUUCUCUCAACUCAUUCUUUAAGGAAAUGUAUAGAGAUCAGUUUGGAGAAUUUGUAUGUGGAUAUUGGGAGAAUUUCCCAAUUACCGGUUUGUCUCUCUACCCAGGUAGACGAGCCCAUCGGUUAUUCUUGUGUCCUAAGUGAAGAGAACGGAGGAGUGCCUAAGUCGAAAUACUGUUACGUCUUAUGACAACGAGAUAUAUUAGUUCUUUGGGGUUCUCUAAGCUAAUAAAGAUGACUGGCAUGAAUUUAAAAGAGUUAGCAAAUGUCUUUCUUGUUUUUUUCUUUCUUUACUCAGCACUCAUUGUGCAAAUCCCGCUUUUCCAGCUCUUCCUGUGAGCUUGGUUUGUUAUAUUUUCCUGCCAUUAUAUUAAAUUCCCUCCAAGUACCUACAUGUGUUUCGUAAAAUUUCGGUUUGUUGUCAUAUUUUUUUAACAUAAAUAAUUUCUAUUUCAUUAUUUUGCAGUGAAGCCUAAAAGCUUGAAACGCCUCUGUCGUCUUGCAAUCCGCAAGAUGCUCUCACCAUGCUCUCUGGAGUUUGUAAAUUCUCUAAGCAUUCCUUUUUGCCUCAAAAUGUAUAUUCUUCACAUAGUGGAAACAGGACGGUGGCAAAAAUGAUAAUUCAUGACAAAUCAUUAUAAUAUUAUUGUACAGUCAAAUAAUAUUUAUUCACUGGGCAUAAUACUUAAGUUCUCUCUGGAUCUAUAAAAUAUAUUGCUAAGCUAGCCUAUGUGUACAUUACCUUCAGCUCUUAAUAUUGCAGUUAAUUUUUUAUUUUAGCUAGAUUUUGUUUUUCUUUUGUUUUUGGGGUAUGUUAAUGUAUGCUAAUGAAGUUAAAGCAAAAGAAAAAUAAAAAUUACCUGAGAUAAAAAAAAACAACAACAACAAAGCACAACUGCAUCAAUGUAAGAAACUGAAAAAGUGAAUUGGCACAAGCUUCUAAAGAAUAGUCAACUAUCAUCACUUUUGUUUUCUCUUCCUUGAAAAUCAGCAAGUGAUCUAUGCUGUUUGAAAACAGGCACUCUGUCUCAGAACUGUCUGAUAUAGCCUGUGAGCUAUAUCUGACAUUUAAUGGAAACCCUAAAAGAUUUGUUUGUCAAAACGGAAGAAUGAACCUGAAAAGGGGUUAAGGAUAGUUUCAUAGCAUUGAGAUUAACAUGGAUAAUAAACUAGAAACGUGAAAAAUGUAGGCUAAAUGUGUUGAUGGUGCUGAAACUGUGAUGAAGUUUA